AUGAUCGUAUGCAUACGCGCCGGCUUCUUCGCUCGAGCUAUCAAGUUUGGCGGAAAGGAAACUCAAGACAACGUCAUCGAUCUCCCUGAAGACGAGCCAAAAAUGGUUGCCGCUCUCAUACGAUACCUGUACCUAGGCGUGUACGACGGCGAAACUUUCGACGAUUCCCAUCCUGAACAUGCGGUAUCGGUCGCUUCGCAGCUCAAGAUCAAACGCUCCAUUACUUAUAGCGUCCUCCUCCCUGGAUCGCCGACCCAGCUCCUCAGCCACUCAAAAAUGUACUCGAUCGCCGAUAAAUACGACGUUGUUGGGCUCAAAGAGCUAGCGUCAAAGAAGUUCAAGCUUGCUUAUGAGGUGUUCUGGAAUGAGGACGUUUUCCCCAUCGCCGUCGACCAUGUCUUCUCGACGACUGUUCCUGAGGAUAUCGGCAUGAGAGACAUCGUCAUCCAGACCAUCUCCAAGAACAUGUCUGUUACACACAAGGCGGAGAUGAAGAUGAUGGUGGCAAAGUACAACGACCUGGCCAUUGGUAUCAUACUGAGCAAGGCGGGCUAG